AUGCGUCAACGCCGGCCCCCGCGCCUUCUCGCGCCGCUGACCCUGACCCUGAUCCUGGCCCUGGCUGCCGGCGGUGUCAGAUGCGAUUCUCUCGCGCACGUGGAUCCCCUCAUCGGCACGACCAAUGGCGGCAAUGUCUUCCCUGGCGCGACGCGGCCCUACGGCCUCGCCAAGGCGGUCGCCGAUGUCGACGGCCAGAACACGGGCGGCUUCGGCCUCGACGGCAGCAACGUGACGGGCUUCUCGAGCGUCCACGACAGCGGCACCGGCGGGAACCCCAGCCUCGGCAACUUCCCGCUCUUCCCCCAGCUCUGCGACGGCGAUGACCUCAACGCAUGCCGCUUCCGCAUCGGGGACCGCAAGGUCCACUACAAGAAUGGCUCCGUCAAGGCCGAGCCCGGACGCUUCGCCAUUGAGCUGGACAACGGCGUGAGCGCCGACAUGACCGUCUCGGACCACGCCGCGCUCUACCGCUUCAACUUCGCCGGUGCCACUGGCGGCUCCUCCGACAAGCACCCGCUCGUCCUGCUCGAUCUGACGGACCUAUGGCAGAGCAGGCAGAAUGCGUCGGUCCGCGUUGAUGAGCACUCGGGUCGCAUGGUUGGCAACGGCACCUUCCUGCCCAGCUUUGGCGCCGGCUCCUAUGUCCUGCACUUUUGCGUCGACUUCUUCGGCGCAGACGUCCACGACACGGGCGUCUGGGUGAAUAGCCGCGCCGGCACCGAGCCCAAGACCAUCUCCCUCACGCGCGGCUUCAACCUGUUUUACAUCGAGGGCGGUGCGUUUGCGCGCUUCAACCCCCACCGCGAUGACACCGUGACGGCGCGCGUCGGCGUGAGCUUCAAGAGCGCCGAGCAGGCGUGCCGAAGCGCGGAGCGAGAGAUCCCCAACCCGCUCUCCGACUUUAACAGGCUCGUCAGGUCGGCCAAGGACGCGUGGCGGGAGAAGCUGAGCCCCAUUGGUAUCAAGCAGGGCGGCGCGACCGAUGACCUGGUCAAGAGCUUCUGGAGUGGCGCGUACAGGAACAUGAUUUCGCCCCAAAACUACACCGGCGAGAACCCGUACUGGGAUACGGGCAACCCUUACUUCGACUCUUUCUACUGCCUCUGGGACAGUUUCCGGGCACAGCACCCACUCUUGACGAUCCUUGACCCUCAUGCACAGACUCAGAUGGUGCAAACCCUGCUGGACAUUUACAAGAACGAGGGAUGGCUGCCCGACUGUCACAUGUCAAUGUGUAAAGGCUGGACGCAGGGGGGCUCCAACGCCGACACGAUGCUGGCCGACGCAUACGUCAAGAACCUGAGCACAAGCAUCGACUGGGAGCUGGCUCUAAAGGCCAUCAUUAACGAUGCCGAGAACGAGCCCCACGAGUGGUCGUAUCAUGGCCGUGGCGGCCUGCAGAGCUGGCGCAAGCUCGACUACAUCCCGUAUCUGGACUUUGACCCGCUCGGCUUUGGGACCAAUUCGCGGAGCGUGUCGCGCACCCUCGAGUACUCGUACAACGACUUUUGCCUGGCGACUGUCGCGGAAGGCCUUGGAAAGAUGGACACGCAUCUGAAGUACAUGAAGCGCAGCAUGAACUGGCAAAAUGUGUGGAAGGAGGACCAAAUUUCGAUCAUCAAUGGCACCGACACGGGGUUCAAGGGAUUCUUCCAGCCAAAGUACAUGAACGGCACUUGGGGAUACCAAGACCCGAUUGCAUGUUCGGCGCUGGCUGGGUUCUGUUCGCUGACGUCGAAUCCGAGCGAGACGUUCGAGGCCAGCAUCUGGCAGUAUCUCUUCUUCGUCCCUCAUGCGACAUCAUCGCUCAUCUCGUUGCUCGGAGGUGACGACGCCUUUGUCAAGCGCCUCAACUUCUUCCAUACGAGUGGGCUCGCCGACAUCUCCAACGAACCAGUGUUCUUAACGGUGUACCUCUACCACUACGCCGGGAGGCCCGCGCUCUCGACGGAGCGCAUCCACACGUACGUACCCAAGUCGUUCAACUCGAGCCCCGGCGGUCUGCCCGGCAAUGACGACUCGGGGGCCAUGGGCGCGUUCCUGUUCUUCUCUGUGAUGGGGCUGUUUCCCGUGGCCGGGCAAAACGUCUAUCUCAUCAGCCCGCCGUUCUUCGAGGAGGUGAGCAUCCGCUCGCCGCAGACGGGCCAGAAGGCGACGGUUCGCAACAUCGGCUUCGAUCCGUCGUACAAGAAAGUGUACGUGCAGAAGGCGACGGUGAACGGGAAGCCGUGGACCAAGAGCUGGAUCGGGCACGAGUUCUUCACGGAGGGGUGGACGCUGGAGCUCACGCUGGGCACGGAGGAAUCGGACUGGGGGACCAAGCCUGGCGACCGGCCCCCGAGCUGGGUGUCGUGA